AACUGGGCGGGGUGAGCGGCCCUGGCCCCGCCAGCGGAGUCGUCCUGCCGUGCCCGGUGCCUGCAGAGCGCCGCCGCUACCCCCGCGGGGACGGACGGAGGGGGACACGGACAGACCGACGGACGCAGCCGAGCCCCGCCGCCGGGGCGUGCCUGCGCUGCGCACCCCGCUCCUGCCAGGGCUCCGCCGCGCCUCAGCGCCAACAUGCCCGCUGUCGACAAGCUCCUCCUGGAAGAGGCUCUGCAGGACAGCCCGCAGACUCGUUCUUUGCUCAGUGUCUUUGAAGAAGAUGCAGGAACCCUUACAGAAUACACAAACCAGUUGCUUCAGGCAAUGCAACGAGUCUAUGGUGCCCAGAAUGAAAUGUGUCUUGCCACACAACAGCUGUCGAAGCAGCUCCUUGCCUAUGAAAAGCAGCAUUUUACCUUAGGUAAAGGAGAUGAAGAAGUGAUAUCUACCCUCCAUUAUUUUUCAAAAGUUGUGGAUGAGCUCAAUAUUCUUCAUUCUGAGCUGGCAAAACAGCUUGCAGAUACAAUGGUUCUCCCAAUAAUACAAUUUCGAGAAAAAGAUCUCACAGAAGUAAGCACACUGAAGGAUCUCUUUGGCCUUGCUAGCAAUGAACAUGACGUGUCCAUGGCAAAAUAUAGCAGGUUGCCGAAAAGGAAAGAAAAUGAAAAGCUUAAGGCAGAAGUGGCAAAAGAAGUGGCAAAUGCAAGAAGGAAGCAGCACCUUUCAUCCUUGCAAUAUUACUGUGCCCUGAAUGCUCUGCAGUACAGGAAGAGAGUGGCUAUGAUGGAACCUAUGCUAGGAUAUACACGAGGACAGAUCAACUUCUUUAAGAAAGGAGCAGAGAUGUUUUCCAAAAGGAUGGACAGCUUUUUGUCAUCUGUUUCAGACAUGGUUCAGAGUAUACAAGGAGAGCUGGAUGCCGAAGCUGAAAAAAUGAGAAUAUCCCAGCAGGACUUAAUUGCAGUUAAUGAAUCUGUUUACACCCCAGAUUCUGAUGUAGUUUCACCUGCCAUCAAUCGAAAUCUCAUCCAGAAGGCUGGCUACCUUAAUCUUAGAAAUAAAACAGGUCUGGUGACUACAACUUGGGAAAGACUCUAUUUCUUCACUCAAGGUGGAAACUUGAUGUGUCAGCCAAGGGGAGCAGUAGCUGGAGGAUUGAUUCAGGACCUGGAUAACUGCUCUGUUAUGGCUGUGGACUGUGAAGACAGAAGAUACUGCUUUCAGAUCACUACUCCUACAGGCAAAGUGAGUAUAACCCUUCAAGCAGAAAGCAAGAAAGAAUACGAGGAGUGGAUAUGUGCUAUCAACAACAUCUCCAGACAGAUCUAUCUCACUGACAAUCCAGAGGCAGCUGCAAUCAAAUUAAAUCAGACAGCCCUGCAAGCAGUGACUCCCAUUACCAGCUUGGGAAAAAAACACGAAGUUCAGCACUCCAGCCAGACUGUAAAGAAUAUGGAAAAUGACAAAAUAAUUCCCAGUGGAUCAGCUGGCUUUCAAGAUUCCACACAACUCAUUGCUCCUGGAACACCAAUUCAAUUUGAUAUCGUACUGCCUGCUAUGGAAUUUCUGGACCAGAACAGAGGUGGCAGGCGUGCAAACCCAUUUGGGGAAUCUGAAGACAGCAGCAAAGAUGAGGAAGAAGAUUCCCUGCUGCAGCAGAUGUUCGUGGUUCGGUUUUUAGGGUCCAUGGCUGUUCAGUCUGAUGAGACGUGCGAGGUGAUUUAUGAAGCCAUGAGACAAGUGCUGGCUGCUCGGGCCAUUCACAACAUCUUCCGCAUGACUGAAUCCCACCUCAUGGUCACCAGCAAGAACCUGAGGUUAAUAGACCCUCAAACCCAAGUUACACGAGCAAGCUUUGAACUCACCACUGUGACACAGUUUGCUGCCCAUCAGGAGAACAGGAGACUGAUUGGCUUUGUGAUCCACCUCAGUGAGACUCUGGGAGAAGAAUCCAUGAGUGCAUAUGUUUUUGAGAGCAACACAGAAGGGGAAAAGAUUUGCUAUGCCAUUAGCUUGGGAAAAGAAAUAAUUGAGGCACAGAGGGAUCCAGAAGCAUUAGCUCAGCUAAUGAAGUCUGUGCCAUUAACAAAUGAUGGGAAGUUCAUGCUUCUGAAUGACUUGUCAGAAGAGGAUGGAACCAUGCAUGAAGGAGGGGAGGAAUCAGAAGCAUAAGCAGCUCCUGUCACUUCCUGCAGCCUGUGUGGGAGCAGAAAAGCAGGGAGUCUUUUUGCAAGAAUCUCUGGUUUUCAGUCACCUGCACACACCUGAGGCCAGCUGCCCUUUCUUGCUGGAGAGCAGUGGUGGCUCUGCAGUGGAGUCCCUCUGGAUUUACAGUGGAAGCACAGCAGGACUCAAGGCAUUUAGCAUUUGUGAAUGUGUAGAGUGGAACUGUGUCUGGGGAGCUGACAGUCCUGAGCAGGAGGCCAGUGCUGCAGCUGGGCAGGAGAGCACAGCUGUCAGCAACCAAGGGCACAUUUACAGGGCCAGCAGCCUCUAAUUCCACUGAAAUUCGUGUGAGCUGCCAGCUCCUCUGACAAAUAUCAGGCCUCAAAUUUCCUACCAUAGUCAAUUUUCAUAGUUUGCAUGAUUAUGUGUAUCUGAUUGAAAGUUAAAAAUGCACUAUCUACUUUAUUUCAGAUGAAGUUAUUUUUAGUCUAGUUUAUAUGUAACAAGAUUUACCUUUUGUGUUAGCCUAUUUACAAAACAAUUUGUUAAACACUAAAUUUUUCCUAUUAAUAUAAUCUAUUUUUAUAUUGCAUCUAGAAAAAGCUUACAAAACAAAUUUAAGUGCCUACUCUUACCUUCCAGGGGACUGUACUCUCACAUUCUGUAAUUAAUAGACAAAUUGUACCUCCUUGAUUUAUUAUUCUGUAUACCACUGACAUGCAAACCUCAGAAGCAGGCAACAAUUGUGGCAUGUUAGCUGUGUGCAGUUUUUCCUAUGGUUAGGUUUCUUGCCACUUCUUACUGUGUGAAGAAGUAAGAAUUCUUACGUGACAUGCAACAGCUGAGUCUGUCAGCAACCUUUGGUUUUAAGAAACAGAGCAAUAAAACGUUAGAUUACAAGUCUACAAGGUAUUGACAAGUCUCAUAGUACAUUCCUGAGAUUAGACACUAGAGAGAUUUGGCUAACAAGUUUACAUUUUUUCCAUCCUGAAAACAUCAGCAACAUCACUUUGCAAGAACAAACAAAAUAGACAAAAUAAAGAGCUGUUAGUGGGGGAGGGGUAUAAUCUGUAUUAUAGUUUAUAUUAAUCAAAUAAGGUACCUAGAAAAUAUGCCUGAAAUUCCUCAAACUUAAUUUAACUCUUCUCAGUCACCAAGAAACUACAUUUUCCAUAAGCAGAAUCUGUGCAACAGUAUCUGAAAGAUCGCAGAUUGGAAGUGUUUGAUGUGGAAUAAGUCUAACUGGUUAUCGAAUGUUUAAAAGAAUUUAAAGAAGAAAACUGUUAGUAACUGACACAAAAACUUAAUUGUAAAUAAAAGCUGAAGAUGUCUUAUUAAAAAAAUUAACACCUACUGAACUGGUGUUACUGAAAACACUGGGAAUGAGGUUCUCAAAACUGCAUUUAUUAACACAGUUUUAUAUACAUAAUGUUCUCUACUCACAAACCAAAGAGACUGGAGUAACAAAAUACCCUUUUGUACAAUGAGUUACGAAACAUUAAGUAUUACAUUUGGUCCUUUGUACCUGAGAAGCUGAAAACAGCUGUUGAUGGACAUCUGAUGCAACUCAAAUGUUUUUCUGGUUUGAGGCUGCAUUAGGACCUGCAGAGUGUGCCCUUCAGCACCAGGAGUUUGCAGCUGCUGGGGCCAUGCAAACCCUUGGUGGCAGGGCUGACAGAGAGCUGGGUGUCCACAACCGCUUAGAGAGCAGCUGCUGCACUUCCAGCAGCCUUGGCACAAGGCUGAACACCUGAGGGCAGUGGUGACAGCUGCCUGCUGAGGGUGAGAGCCUGGCCUUUAGCCUGUUCCAACCCUGCCCCGAAGGAAAAAAACCCUAGACAUGUUUUAUGUCCCUGCAGAAAAUUCAUCAUCACUUCUAUCACCCCUGGGCGUUUGGUUUAGUUUAGGGGAUUUUUUUGUUUUAGCUCCAUUGUCUCCUCUCCAACCAGUUAGGGUCCAUUUGGUUCCUGUAACUGCGACAGGAGGCCAAAAGCAACAGAAAGAGUAGUAGCACCACAGCAUGAAUUUUGCCCCCCUUCUAUAUCCUUGUGGGGAGAAAAAAGACUUAAUGCAACUCAGUCACUGACAUCCAAACCCAGGACCCACCAUGGAUUUCAGAUGAGUAAAAUCUUUCUGCAUGUCUAUGCUGCUACAUGCCAAAGAGAAAGAAGGAAAUACAAACUACAGUCCUGUAUUAGCAAGAAUACCUCUAUUAUCACUGUACAUGUUUGUGUAUGUAUAUAUUUUUGCCACGUAGAGUAUACAUUCAGUUCUCCCAGAUUAAACAGGCAUCUAUAAAAA